GCAGCAGUAGAAGGAGCGCUGUGGCUCUACUCCUCAGGAUCAGUGGAUCAGGACUCUCGGUCUCUCAGGUUGACAGCAGCAGCAUUACAGCCCGCAUGGAGACAUUCCCCUCCCCGGACACCAUGCACCUCUAAGAGCUCCAACCACACCGUAUUUUGUCUCGCCUGAGGGGGGGAAAGUCUGCAAGAUCACUUUCCUCGGACCGAGCGUCAAAGGAUUUUUUUCCACCUCUCUUUUUUCCCACCAGCCCGUUUCUCUCUGUUUCUCCUCCGCCUCUUUCACUCUCGCAUUUUGGGACUUUUUAUUUUCUUCGCCUUUGGGAAAAAAAGGCGCUGCUGUUUCCACGAGUCUACCUGCUCGCCCAGCACCCAUGAAUUCAGAUAAAAAUGUGUACCUCGGCAGAGACAAAGGCAUCAUGCGGAAGAGAGCCCUGCUCCUUCGGAAGGGUUGCAGCUUCGAGAUUACCAGCUCUGCCUCGGAGGACUUGGGCUGCAGGCGUGGAGACUUCAGCAGGAAACACUAUGGGUCUGUGGAGCUGAAACAGGCUUUGGACUACACGCCAGGAACCUGGAGGAGAACCGAUGUCCAUCUGGAGAAUCCAGAGUACCACACCAGAUGGUUCUUUAAAUACUUCCUGGGAAAAGUCCACCAGAACUAUGUGGGUACAGACGCAGAGAAGAAUCCCUUCUACCUAUCGGUCGUUCUCUCGGAUCAGAACAACCAGCGGGUCCCUCAGUACCGAGCCAUCCUCUGGAGGAAGACGGGCACUCUGAAGAUCAGCCUCCCCUACAGCCCCACCAAAACACUAUCCGUCAAGUCCAUCCUAAGUGCAAUGAACAUGGACAGGUUUGAAAAAGGCCCGAGGGAGAUCCUCAAUGCCGAGAUUCAGAAGGAUCUGCUGGUGUUGGAGGAACAGGAGGGUUCUGUCAACUUUAAAUUUGGAGUCCUGUUUGCCAAAGACGGCCAGCUCACAGAUGACGAGAUGUUCAGCAACGAGAUGGGGAGUGACAGUUUUGACAAGUUUCUCAAUCUGCUCGGUGACUCCAUCACGCUGCAGGGGUGGGCCGGAUACAGGGGGGGGCUGGACACCAAGAAUGACACUACAGGAAUGAACUCCAUCUACACGGUGUAUCAGGGCCAUGAGCUCAUGUUCCACGUCUCCACCAUGUUACCCUACUCUAAAGAGAACAAGCAGCAGGUGGAGAGAAAGAGACACAUUGGAAACGACAUUGUUACCAUAGUAUUCCAGGAAGGGGAUGACGCAUCAUCGUCCUUCAAACCGUCUAUGAUCCGAUCGCACUUCACCCAUAUUUUUGCAUUAGUUAGGUAUAAUAGCCAGAAUGACAGUUACAGGUUGAAGAUAUUCUCAGAGGAGAGCGUUCCACUGUUUGGACCCCCUCUCCCAUCUCCACCUGUGUUUACUGAUCACCAAGAAUUCAGGGACUUUUUAUUAGUCAAACUAAUCAAUGGAGAGAAAGCCACACUGGAGACGCCAACGUUUGCCCAGAAGCGCCAGCGGACACUGGACAUGUUGAUCCGCUCGCUCUACCAAGACCUCAUGCCUGACCUGCACAAGAACAUGUUAAACCGGCGGUCCUUCAGCGACGUGCUGCCUGAGUCUCCGAAGUCUGCACGCAAGAAGGAGGAGGCACGGCAGGCAGAGUUUGUCAGAAUAGGGCAGGCGCUGAAGCUGAAGACCAUUGUGAGAGGAGAUGCACCGACCAGCCUUGUCACCACCGGCCUGUGCAGAAAAGAGCGCAAACAGGAAACUUUUGACCUGCUGCAUGUGUCAGGCCAGAUGUUAGUGGGGGGUGCAUUGAUCUGCGGGAUGGAGCCAGGGAACACCACCUGCAGCACAUGUUCUGUCUGCUUCUCUUUUACCCUCCUCCGCCUCUCUGUCCCAGGCUGUCAUCUGUACUCCAUCAACACGCACCACGGCUCCGAGCUGAGGAUAGUAGCAGCCAUCAGGAACAAACUCCUCCUCAUCACCAGGAAACACCCCCGCUUUGAAGCCCCGGGAGCAGAGUCACCGGUGGAGGAGUUUCAGUACAUACGGGAGAUCUGUCUGUGCGACCCCCCAGUGGUGAUGGCGCUGGUGGACGGGCCGACAGGGGAGAACGACAACAUGAUCUGCGUGGCCUAUAAACAUCAGUUUGACCUCAUCAACGAGAGCACGGGAGACGCCUACCGGCUACAUCACGUCGACGCCAACAGGGUAAAUUUUGUAGCAGCCAUCGAUGUGUAUGAAGACGGAGAGGCGGGCCUGCUGCUGUGUUACAACUAUAUUUGCUCCUAUAAGAAAGUGUGUCCGUUUAACGGCUCCACGCCGAUGAUCCAGUCCAACGCCUCUGAUUUCCACUUCAGCUGGAACCAGAUGCCCAAUGCGAUCGUCUGUGCGUUCCCUUACAUCCUGGCCUUCACAACGGACUCCAUUGAGAUCCGGCUGGUGGUGAAUGGAAACCUGGUUUACACCGCGGUGGUCCCUGAGCUGCAGCUGGCCUCUUCACGGUCGGACAUCUAUUUUGUUUCGUCGGCUCCGGUGAGCUCAGCUUCAAACUGCAGUUCGAGAGAAACCAGUUCCCAGAGUUCCCCACAAACGCCCACGGGCUACGAGAUGCCCGUGUUCCCUUCCCCGCUCGGCGAUGGUGAAUCAGCAUGUAAGCACAUGUUCAAGAUCCCUCUGUGUAACCUCGUGGGCCGGAGCAUUGAAAGGCCCCUGAAGUCCCCUCUGGUCAACAAGGUGCUGACCACGCCGGCCCCCACCAUGCUUCCCCCCACUGCCCUCAUCUCCGCCACACACUCCCUCUCCCUGUCCCGCAUGGAGAUCAAGGAGAUCGCCAGCCGCACACGGAAGGAGCUGCUCGGCUUGACAGAGGAACCGAGUGGGAAGUCAGACAGUGCGACGGUCAAACAGAGGAAGAUGAGCAAGAAGAACACGGAGGAAGAGCCCAAAGCACGAGCACUGACGUCAACAAACAGUGACAGGUUAGCCUCAGAUUCUGGAGAGGCGGAGCUGGACGUGCAGCUGCACUGUACGUCCGCUCCAGAGGUGGAGCCGGAGAAGGUGGUGCUGCUGAUGGAGAGCCCGCCUCUCGCCAGCGUCUUCGCCCUCUCCACAUCCUUCGAAGAAGACGUCCUGGACCUAAAGUGAAGACAAUCCCACCGUGCACUCCUCUGCCCCCCCACUCCCGUACUGUCACCUUUAUUUCAUGUUUUGGUUGGUUUGCUUUUGUUGAAUUCUUUUUUUGUUGUUGUUUAUAUCCUUGUAUCUUGGGUCUCCCCAUUCGUCAGACAAGAUGGGUGCAGCAGGGGGGUGAGGAUGUGUUCGUUUGUUUCCACGAGCAAGUCUUUCAGCCGCUGUGUGUUUCGGGUGUUUGUGUUCCCCCCCCCCCCCCCCACCAGCAAAUAACCCAAAGAGGCGUUGAGGCUGUGUGAGCUGCCGCAGUUUAUUCAGAGCUCUGCAACAGCCUUGAGGUAAUGUUAAAGGUUUGAUCACAAACCACACACUGAAUGUAAAUCUGCGCACCGAGGCACGACGUAAAUCUCACAGAGCCCUCUGAAGUUGCUAGAGCUUCAUAUGUGUUGUAUAUUAUGUGAUAUUUCCUUUACAACUGUUGUAUGAUAUGCAUAUAUGUAUGUGUACAUCUGUUUAUACAUGGAGUGCAUACACAGUGACGGGCAUGUAUGCCUGUGAUGCAUAUUUAUAGAUAUUAUAGAAAAAAUCAUUUUAUUCCCAUAUUUAGUCAAAGUAGGAUGUGUUAUGCUCUCUGCACAUAUUAGUCCUUAUUCUUCUCCUUAUUCACAGUAUACAGGUAGACAGGGCUGGAGGCAAAGUCUCCCACAAGUGCCAUUUCCCAGCAUCCUCCACUGAAGUACACCUCUUAACAGCCACCAAAAUCUAGUGUCUGAGAGUAGCAGCCAUGAUUGUAGUCCUAUAUGAUUACUAUGGUGUCCCACAUCUCCAUUCAGUUUGAAUUCACCUGCAGGAGGCACUCUUUUAAAGCCACACAGAGUGAGACGUCCUUACUUCUGCAUGACCUGCCUUUGCUACAUGUAUUAAGACUCCUGCACCAAAAAAAAUCUUCUUUGGAAGCCACGAGGUCUGUGAUAUCAUAACAGAGCAGCAUAAAGCAAACCACAAGCUGAGAUGAGAGAAAAAGUGUGGAUGUUUUUACUAGACUGUCCUGUGUCUGUAAAAGGAAUUGUAGACAAAACUACACAUUUAAAAUACAAAUCUAAAGUUCAAACACAGAAAUAUAUAUAUAUAUAUAUACUGUAUAUAAGGCUUUAAGGCAGUGCAAGGGUUUAAUUGAUGACAAUAAUGCACACACUCAGACACACAUAAACUAUUCUUCAUACACUUACAGCGACCCUAUUGUGCUUUUUGGGGGGGUGUUACCUUUCCUGUAGUAUGGUGAUUAGGUUUUUGUCCAUGUAAAUGGUCUGCAAAGGCUAAAAUCCCAAAGACCCCUCGAGAGGGAGUAUCUCCCCGUGAUAGGCUAAGGUGCGGGACAUCUCUAAGUGGUUGACCAAUCACCACAGAGCCGGCCAACUAACCAAUCAGAGCA